AUGAAUGGCGAACUUGAGCGAUUUUGAGUCACACUGUGCCCACCGUGAACAGUAGCUCUCCGCUUUUAGUCUUGGCUAAAUCGAUAUAUUAUUUAUGGAAGAUCGAAAAUACAGUUGUGAUGAUGAAGUCCAAAUCAUCGAUGUGAAAAGGAAAUCAUCAGAAAAAAAUCUGCGAGUAGAUGAUCAAUGUUCUUCUGGAACAUGUUCGAUUUGUCUCGAAGGAUAUGAUAACAAAUCAUUCCUUGAUAAGUGCAAUCGUAUCCUUUUAACAAGUGAAAUAUGAGUUUGGAUGCGUGAAUGAACUUUAGGUUAAGAUUCGAUGAAAAUAAAUUACUUUCUAGAAUCCAGCAACAAAGUAACAAUCACUCGGCCUCACGAGGGUUUGAUUUGUACAAAUUAGACAUUUGCCUUCCUUGUAAGUGUUGGGUAAACUGUUCAGUGAGGUUGCUUUCAUGGAAUUUACGUGGGUUGAGGGGUAGGGUGUUUCAUUUUGUGUAUCUUUUAUUUUGUUAUUAUAUUUUUUAUUCGUUUCUCCUCCAGUUUAAAACUAAAAAAAAUCUCUCCCUUUCAUCUCAAAACCUGUUAGGGGUGAUUCAGAUUUUUGUGGUCCCAUCCCUUCAUGGUAUAAUUCAAAUGCUUGCAAUGUCUGCCUUGAACAGAGGACCUAUGCAAGUUUUACAUCUAUACAAGGCUAGCCCUUUAACCCCCAAGAGUGACCAGCUACUAAUUUCUCCUUACAAUAUCACCCCUGAAUCAAACAUUAGGGUCACAAGAAUCAAGGAAAUUAUCACCAACUAAAAAAAGCUCUCGAUUAUUAAACAAAUUCUCCUUGUCAGCACCUCAAGAAUUGUACAGAGACCAGUAUGGAGAAUGUACAUACUGAUGUUAGGGUGUAACGGGUUAAUGCUAUAAAGCAAUCUUGAACCUUAACCUAUCUUCUAGAUGCUUUCUGUUACCUCUGUAUUUUACAAUGGUCAGAAGUAAACAACACCUGUCCCCUGUGCAAAGAAACCUUUACAUUGAUUGUCCACAGUGUCAAAUCUAAGAAAAAUUACCAGCAGGUAAUCAUGAAUUUCACUUUAUAAUUUAACCCUAUAACUCAAAGCUUUGUAUGCCCAAUUUAAUCUUCUCCCCUUUUUCCAUAGUACCAUGUUUGAAUCUCUAAUACUACCUGAGUUUGAGGUCACUGAUGUUGAAAGACAAAUUUGCCCCCUUUGACUAAUAGCUAAAGUGCAUAGCUCAAGGGCCAUGAAUGGAAAGGUAUAAAAUCUUGAAGAUCUGUAACUGCCACUUUCAAUUGCCCUGAAAAAUAAUAUGAUCUAUGAAUGAUCUCAGGUACUCAGACCACAGCCAGAUUUUUUUUCAAGAAUAACACUUUUGUUUACACCAUGCUAUAAAUCAUUUACAAAACUAGCCCUUUAAAGUUCAUGUAAGCAAGAUGCAACAUUGUUUGUUUGUUUGUUUGUUUUUUUUUUGGGGGGGGGGGUUGAGAAGGGGCUGAUUAGUUUAACUUGAAAAGGAAGGACAGAAGAGUUGAGAAGAUCAAUGUGUCAAUAUUUUUGCGGAUUGUAGCUGAUGAAAAUCAAAAGCAAAACAGGCAAAUUCAAAAUUUUUGAAUGUUUGAUUACCAGCAUAUUUUAUUCAAAUUAUGAGUAAUCAGAGGGGUGCAUAGAAAAAGCCUUGAGGGAGAUGCAGUAGGGCAAUGUUAUCUCAUAAAUGCAACUUUUGCCUUACAAUGAAAAUGUUCUAUCAUUUUGAAAGUAAAGGUAAAGCUACUUGAAAGAGAAUGGAACACUAUACAUGUGGAAAAGCUAUGAUUACAAGGAUGUGCCUGUACACUUCAAUUUUAUUUCCAAUUGACACAUCUCGAAAUUUAAUUCAGCAAUUGGUAACUUGAAAAGGCAAUGUUCAUCUAUGAAUUUCCACCUGUCUUGUCCACUUAUUUUGAUUACAGUUAUCAUGCCAUUUAUAGAAAAGUGACAACCACAAAAGGGUGUUUGUAGGUUUAAGCCAUUUCAAAUAACUCUUUCUUUUUGUAUCAGCAUUUUCUCCCCAAACCUGACUCUCUUGUGCCAACAAACCAGUGGUAUGAGACUGAACUCUGGGGGCAGCCAGCUAGACGACAGACUCAUGUGGAUGUCCAAAAGAGAAGGUACUCACUAGUAUCUGUUUACAUGUGCAGGCCUGUACCAAGAUGUGAAAUUGACGUGCACCAAUGACUAAGCUUUAGUCAAGAUAAUGGCUUUUCCCUCCUCUUUCCCCCUUUCCCCUUCCCCACCCCUCAGGAGCUAUCAAUGAGCAAUUGUUCCUUGCAGUAUCACUACAAGGUCAAGCCUUGGUGCAUUUGUGCAUGUAGGUGCAUGCAGAGAAUGACACAAGAUGAAAUAAAUACACGCAUUUGGGUGUAGAGCACUGCACAUGUAAGUUUUUCCUACGGCACGAACGUAACUGCAUGCACUGGAAGCUCGUGUGGCCACAAUUUACAUACACCUGAUGCUCAUGGGGUCCUGUAGUACAUGUGAGCGUUGCUGCAUGUUAGAAGUCUCUUAAGUACGCACCAGUACAUAGAAUUAAGUGUUAUACUUUUGUUCAACACAGGGACAUCUACGGAAAUAACUUAUGGGUGCAGACAGGAAGUUGGAGGCAGAGAGAAAUUUGUAAGUUUUGAGAUUAUCACGUAAUGAAAGGCUUGAUAAUAUUCUUAUUUCCAAAUGUUGGAUAAAAUAUUCACAAACGAGAGAGUAAGGGAUAGGAUAUUAAAACAAGCACAUUAUGUAAUGUUUAAAAAACGAGCAGGAGUGUUUUAUCGGGUUUUUGACCCGAUAAAACACGUGCUGCGGGUUUUUUGAACGGCUUCAAAAACAUUCUUUGAAAAGCGUGUGUCAAGAGAGUUCAUAACAAUUAUGCUUUUGUGAACGUUAGAAAUUAGCAUACGAAAAGGUCAAACGCAGAGGUUAGCGAAAACGAGUUGGAGUCACUUCUGCCAACUGAUCUUGAAUUCGAAGUUUCAGAUGAUGUAUUGUCUAAUAUGCCUUUACCAGAUUACUGUACUAUUGAAAUAGAGAAUUUUUCCAGAUGUGUAUUUCACAACUGUACUAUUAAUUUGGUGCAAGAGUAAAUUUACUGUGUGAAAUUUGUUGAAAGAACAUUAAAUAUGUUCCCACCAUUUGUUGUGUCAGUUUCUGUGUUGAUAAUUAAUUAAUAUUCAUAAGUCACGUGCAGUGUAAUAAGGAUGAGGUUUAUCAAUAUAAAGUCACUGCACGUGAUGUAUUAUCUACCAUUUGAUAGGUUAAUGGGACUAUCAAUUAUUAACGAGUUUUUGAAUACUAAAGAAGUCAUACAAUGUAGAGCUCUUCACUUGUAUUCAUUGCCUGAAUAUUGUAGUCAUAUAUACUUAAACAAGGGGAAGUGUUGAAGGCACACUCUGAUUGACUACUUAAACUCCAAAUAUCCCUCACUAUUGACCUCCGAACGACACAUGCAGAAUUUGCACCAAAAAUUACUGUAAUCGUUUGAGGAAUAAAUUAGUUAAAUUCAUAUUGAUGUGCCUUGUAUACUAUAUCAUUGUCUUAGUCUAUACUAAAAAAAAUAUACACCUCUGCGUCGUUGGCUGGUGGUGGAUAUUUAGCUUGCCUUUUUUGCUUGGUGAAUAUCCACGUGAAUAGUUGUUAAUAUUAGAUAUCAGUUUCGACUUCUGUGGGUAGGGAGGGGGGUGAGUGGUUCAUGGGGGAAGGAAUUCUAGGGGGUAACAUUGAAUUUUGGAGGAAAAAGAAAUACUAUUAGUUUCUUGAUGUAAGCCUCCGCAGUAACAUGUACGUGGGUGAGACUAAACUUGUUUUGUUUCUCGCAGCACCAGAAUUUUUCAGUUCUAAUCCUGCUAGCACCCGCCGACUGAUUCCAUGGCUUACAAGAGAGUUAAUGGCGUUGUUGAAUGACGUGGAGGAACAUGUCAGUUUUGUUCUUCAGUUUAUUUUGUCUCUGAUCAACAAGUAAGUCAUGUUUAGAUGUGAAUCACUCCAUGAUUGUGUUGUAAGGAAUGUCGUCUGUAUCAGAAUUACUUCUCGCCAUUAGGAGAAAUUUUCGACUGAAUAUCGAAAGUUAUCGGAGAUUGUAUUGCUUUUGCUUUUCUUCGCUCUGAGAUUUUUCCAGAAAACUCGCGCCAUUCUCUCGAUUAACCAAUCAAUAGUCCAUUUUACAGUUGUGUGCUUGGUUGCCAAGCCUUUGAACAGGAAUGAGGCUAAGGGUGACCUUGUUAUGAUACAAACCUUGCUGCUUUUCAAAUGCAAAUUACUUUGUUAUCAUGCUAACUAGAUACUGGUCUCUAUCACAACAAGGUCACCUUCAGCCUCACUCCAAAUCAAAGGCUUGGUAACUAAGUAAACAACUGUAAAAUGGCCUACUGUAUAACUAAAACAGAUCAUGACUCCGUCGUCUGCGUUUUCCCGCGCUAAAGUCAGUUUGGUUGUUUUUGCUAAUAGGUCUUACAACUUUCGAAGUGGUAUACAACUUUUUUUAAAUUGAAACAGGCAAAAAAAUUUAUGCGGAUAAAGGGGGUAAGUUUCUAAAUAAACUGUGAUGCUGCGUCGGUGGGAGAGUGUAACAGGGUAAUUUAGUAUCAUCAACCGAGUUGAAAAAGUAAAUUGGCUAACGUAAAGAGUGUGAAAGCUAUCGUUUCGAGCGUUAGCCCUUCGUCAGAGCGAACGUAGAAGGACGAACGCUCGAAACGUUAUCAACUCAGUUGAUAAUAGCAAAUUACCCUUUCACGUAGAUAGGCUAAGUUUUUAAAUUUAUACUAUUAAUUUUUUAGGUUUGAGCUUAGUUCUGAAGAGUUUUCUGGCAACCUGCAGGAUUUCCUUUCCGUCAAUACAGACCAUUUUAUCCACGAGUUUAUAAGCUUUGCUCGUUCGCCAUUUGAUAUGAUUGCUUAUGAUGCGCAUGUGCAGUACAGCGGGCCAAGUGAGUCAGAGCAGGAACUCAGAGAUACGCCGACUGUGUUUCACAGUCAAACUUCAGGUCUGAACUGUUUAUAAACAUUUUAUAUCAUGCCAUUCAGCCAAUCAGAAUCCAGGGAAUUAAAGCCGUUGUAAUCAACGUUAUUAGGCCAAACCUUCCCUUGUUCGCUCUGUGGAUUGUGUUGGCCAAUGUGUUUACGUUGGCGUGGUGCAUAAUAUUAAAACGAGGUUUUUUCGUAGGAUAAUCCAAGGUAUACCUCUCCGAAGCGUUGCAUGACUAGUGUUUCAUAAAAGGCCAUGUUACAGUUGUGUAUUUAGUCGCCAAGCCUUUGAUUUGAAGCGAGGCUGAAGGUGACCAUGCUGUGAUAGAGACCAGCAUCUAGUUAGCAUGAUAAUUAAGACCAACAAAGUAAUUUACAUUUGGAAAGCAGUAACUUUUGUAUCAAACUAAGGUCAAUCUUAGCCUAACUCCUGUUCAAAGGCUUGGCAACCAAGCAGGCAACAGUAAAAUGGACUUUACAUGCUCAAAUGGGAAAAGAGGAGAGUAGUAUAAGGAAAAUAGUUGGGCAACGUUUACAUUUGAGUUUCCAUGGUAUAACACUCUAAAGCGUCUCAUUAAGGUAGAAUUCUCAAAAUUACUCAAUGCUGACGUUAAAUAAUAUUAUUAGAUAUUGUUAGUGCCUACAACGCGAAUUUUUUCCAAACAGUUCGGCCGGGUAAUGACAGCUUCAAAUCCUCAACUUGGUUAAAGAAAAAUUGAAAAAAAAUCAAGAAGGGAAAGGGAGGACUUGAAUCGGUUAAAGAGAAAAUAAGUUUUGAGGUAUGCAAUACAAUAUUAAUGUCUAGCGGUCUCCUCUCUACAUCAGGCUGCCAAACACCUGUUCCGGGCCCCUCUGGCGAAACUCUGUUGCAAACAGACCGGAAUAGAGAUUCUCCAGCGCGGCAAACUGUAAACAACAGGUGGUCUCCAAGCUCAUCACCAGGCACAUCCGGACUAAAUGGUCGAGCUGGUUUAGAAAGGACUGUGAACAUCUCUUCAUCGAACUCAUCAGUUAGUUCGCAAACAACUCUAGUAGACAUUGAACCCACGACAAGUUAUCAAGCGUCCAAUGCGUCAUCCGACUCUAUAGGGCGUAGUAACAGAAAGAGAUCUUCCAAGGAAACUGUUGUAAAGAAGACACAAGUGGAAAAGGAGAAGAAGCAUCAUUAUCAUCGUAACUCACACAAACACAAAUGUAAAAGGAAAAAGUCUAAAAGAUCUCUGUAAAUGCUAAAACGCGCUCAAGGGAUCGUUCACUUUCGGUUGAAGAGCGUGCGAUUGAAGAACAUCGUCGAUGGCGAUCAAACUCUAGGGAAAGACGGUUGAGAGAUGAUAGUCAACGUUUAUCUCCGUCAAGAAAAUCUGGUAAGCACAGUCAAGAAAAGAUAGGAAAGUCCUCUUUAAGUCCAUCCCAGACUCACUGCAAACGUAAAACGCGCGGCGAGAAAAUUGACAGUAGACGAACAAAGGAGUAUGGUCGAUCUCGUUCAAGAUCGGGGUCUUACUCUCGAAACUCCAGAUCACGACACUCACGAUCACAGAAAUCACGGACAAGGGACUCACGAUCACGCAGAUCACGAUCAAGAUCGCGAGGUUCGCAGUCACAGAAAUCCCGAUCAUCGCGAAAUUCACAUUCCCAGUCACGAGACUCUCGAAACUUACGGUCUAAUUCACAAUCAAGAUACUUCUCACGAGCUUGCACGCCUCUGUCAUCGCGAACGCACCAUAGCGUUUCCCGUUCGCGCAGUUCUUCUAUAUCAACAGCGAACUCUGAAUCCAAAGUAAGGGAGUCAGUGUCGCACAGUAAUGACGCUAUUAAGAGGGAAAUUGAAGAUUUGGAAAGUCGCAUAGUGGCUGACAAGAAGCGGCUUCUAAGGCUUUUAAUGAAAAAGGAACAGGCGGAAACCGCUUAAUUAUGA